AUGAUACAGUUGAAACCUAUGCUAAAUGAUUUUAUGAGGUGUUUGGUGAAUAAUGGUACAUCCUCCUCUUUUUGGUUUGUUACCUGGACACUUCUAGGCCCUCUGAUCGCCGUACUUGGUGAAGGUGGACCCAGAAUGUUACGUCUCAGGAAGUGCGCAACAGUUUCUGAAUCUACAAACCAUGGAGCAUGGCACCUUCCUUCGGCGAGAUCUCCUGCUGCUGAGACUCUUCAAAUAGUGUUGACAACAGUCUCUCCCCUGUCGCCUCAUAGGGGUGAUGAUCAGUACUUAUGGCCCAAGGCUGAUGGAAGCUUUGGUCCUCUCUUUUCCUCAAAGACUACUUGGGAAAUCAUAAGGAAGAAAUCACCUACAGUCUUCUGGCCUAAGGUGAUCUGGUUCAAGGAAAUAUACCUAGCAAUGCAUUUGUUACUUGGAUGGCUAUGCUACGUAGACUACCAACUCGUGAUCGCUUGA